GUAUCUGUAGUUUCUUCGCGAUCAAUGGAGCUUCCCGAAACAAUCCCCGUGCAGAUAUUUACCGGAGUGGAUAGAGAGGGCUUUCUGCGAGACAUCUAUCCUCAGCGCAGGCCGGCCCUGCUCCGGGGGGUGGACCUGGGCCCAUGUCUGGACCGGUGGACCCUGGAAUACCUGGGACAGAGAGAGGGGGACGCCAACGUCAAGAUCCACGUCUGCACGCUGCCCAGGAUGGACUUCCUGCACAAGAACUUUGUAUACAAGACUCUGCAGUUUAAAGAAUUUGUGAAAAGAGCAUCUGAGAAAAAACACGCCGACUUCUUCUUAUCUGAGGAUGAAAGCUACUAUCUACGAUCCCUGGGAGAAAACGCCAGGAAGGAGCCUGCUGAUAUCAGGAAACAGUUCCCAAACCUGGCUGCAGAUUUCCACAUCCCCCCGUUCUUCAGUGAGGAUCAGUUUUUCUCCAGCGUGUUCCGGAUCAGCUCGUGUGGUCUGCAGCUGUGGACGCACUAUGACGUGAUGGACAACCUGCUGGCCCAGGUGACGGGGAGGAAGAGGGUGGUUCUGUUCAGCCCCCAGGAUGCCCUGCACCUCUACCUGUCUGGGGACAAGUCCCAGGUUCUGGACAUCGAUUCCCCGGACCUGAAGCGCUUUCCUGAGUUUGUUAAAGCAAAGCGAUACGAGUGUGUGCUGGAGCCGGGAGAUCUGCUCUUUAUCCCUGCUCUGUGGUUUCACAACACCCUGGCCCUGCAGUUUGGAGUGGGGGUUAACGUGUUCUGGCGUAAUCUGCCUGCAGACAGCUACGACAGGAAGGACCCGUACGGAAACAAGGACCCAGUGGCUGCAGGCCGGGCCCUGCAGGCCCUGGAGAGGGCCCUGCAGGGGCUGGACGGCCUCCCGCCCGACCACCGGGACUUCUACGGCCGCCGCAUGGUCCAGCACAUCCAGCAGCGGACGUACUGUCCUCCUGCUCCAGGAUCAGACACGCAGGAGCAUCCCGACCCCACGAUGCCAGCAGCUCCUGCUCCCAACACCAGUGUGCUUAAAGACAUGAACUCAUGACAGUUUUGUGGGGAGUUUUCCUGAGCCUGGGGGCGUGGAAUGUGCCAUCAUUUAGCUUUUAUAUUUCCUUAUGAUUUAAAUUAUACCCGCUGUAACAGUACGGAGUAUUAAGGCUCAGUUAUGCUUCUGCGUCAAAAUGGCGCCGUGCCUACGGCGUCUGGUUUUCGUCGACGCAGAGGACACGCCGUCACCUGCGCCGUCACUGACGUGCACCUCCCGAAAAUUGUAACUACGCGUCGAGGAGACGCCGACCACACGCAGACCGAGAGGGCUGUGAUUGGUUCGUUUGAAAGCGAAGCAUUUCCGGUUUCCGGUUUGAAUCAGUAGUGAACUUCCAGGGCUCUUUUCUUCGUUUAUAUGUAAUUUUCUUUUGUUUUGGUUUUUUGCACAAUAGUUGUCCUUAUUUCUUUGAUUUACUGUGACCGGAAAAAGUCGGAUAAACCAUUCAGAAAAAGAUCGCUAACUAGUGGCCGCAGGGGGUACUGCACCGCGACCAAAUGGAGUGACGGAGAAGUCAGAAGGGUUCAGCACGGCGUCACGGCUGUGGCGUGUGCUCUGCGUUGGUGUGACGCAGAACCAUAACUCAGCCUUUAGGGCCAUGCAGGAGAAAAAUAUUUGAGAGGGAAGAUUUUUUUAAUUGUGCACUUUGAGAAAAAAGUCCAAAUGUCGGGAUUAACGUUGAAAUACAAUUUCAAGAAUAAAGUCGAAAUUUUGCCUUUUUUCCUCAACUUUUCAACUUUAUUCACAAAAUUUCGACUUUUUUCUCGAAAUUUUGACUUUUUUCUUGACAUUUAUUAUACUUCAACAUUAUUCUCGAUAUUUCAACUUUUUUCUCAACAUUUCAACUUUUUUUCGAAAUUGUACUUCAACAUUAAUCUCGACAUUUCGACUUUUUUCUCGAAGUCCAUAAUGAAAAAAAAAUCUUCCUCCUCUAAAAUAUUAUUUUUAUUUUUCUCCUUCUCCUUCCUCCCUUAUACUCUUCCGUACUACGGAAGAGUAUUAGGGCCAGGCAGGAGUAAAAAUAAAAAAAGGCAAAAUUUAGACUUUUUUCUUGAAAUUGUAUUUCAACAUUAAUUUAGACUUUUUUCUCAACAUUUCGACUUUUUUCUCGAAGUGCACAAUAAAAAAAAAUCUUCCCCUCUCAAAUAUUUUUUCUCCUGCCUGGCCCUAAUACUCUUCCGUACAUUUUCCUAUGUGGGUUUUCUUUAUUUUUGUAGUAAAUGUUUUUGUACUGUGGCUGUGGUAACUUCCUGUGGAAGUGCAUUUAUUGAGCCACGUUAAUGAGACCAGGUAACAGUUUUGGAUCGUGGCUGAGGCUGAGGCGUCUGCAGAUAGCAGCAGUAUGAAAGAAUAGGCUACUUAAUAGCAAACCCGAGGUGUUGUAUUUGUUGGACUUAAAGACCGGAGAAAUAAAUGGAACA